GCCCGGGAAAGAAGGUUGCUUCAAAACAGAUACUGUAUUGUUAUAUAAUAGUGAUUGUACCGAAGUAUUAAAUUGGGGUGCACCCGCGUUAGCUCAUGUGUCAAAAAGGAGUAGAAAUAAUAUUAGGGAAUUGGGUUCAUCACUUCCACCGCAACACCAUAUUAUUGAAAGAUUCAAAUUAUUUCUAGACGAUAAUGCAUCAGACAAGCCAUAUUUACCACCAAAUUUAGAUUAUAGAAAGGCUAUUAGUGAUUAUUUAAAUAAAAUGAAAGAAGUCAUAGAAGAAACACUUGAACAGCGUUGGCCGGCCCUUAAAUUAUCACAAGUAUUAUUUGUCUUAAGUGUGCCUGCGGAAUGGGGACCACGUACUAAAGCUAUAAUGCGCGACUGCGCAUACAAAGCUGGAUUAUUAAACGAAUCCAUCGCAUCGCACCUAGAAUUUGUAACAGAAC